AACAGCUUUUAUAACUCUGUUCUCCAGAUCAACAUGAAGAGCUCUAUCUUUGCCGGUGUUCUGCUGCUCUCGGCUGCUCUGGUCUCCGUUGACGGACAGAGUUGGGCUGCGUUUCAACGUAAGCACGUCAACGCUGGGAUGACUCAUAUAAAAUGUACCGAGGUGAUAAAAGCCAGAACUAUCGUGGACCCUCCAAACCGCUGCAAGGUGAUCAACACCUUCAUCACAUAUGAUGUGAACGCUGUCUUAGCCGUCUGUGCUGGGGGGGGAACGCCAUAUGGCAAUGGUUAUACAAUUAGCAACGCUACUUUUCCAAUCAUCGACUGUACCCAGCAGAACCAGAACCAGGUUCCACCGGUCGUUCCCCCCAACUGUCUGUACAAUGGUACAGCUAGUACCAAGAGGAUUAUAGUCAGGUGUGAGAACAAGAAACCUGUUCACUUUCAUGGAAGUCAGUAAUCUAUUACUCCCUGAUGUACCAGAGUAAUCUAUUACUACCUGAUGUACCAGAGUAAUCUAUUACUACCUGAUGUACCAGAGUAAUCUAUUACUACCUGAUUUACCAGAGUAAUCUAUUACUACCUGAUGUACCAGAGUAAUCUAUUACUACCUGAUGAAUAAAACACAUGUGACAGUUUAA